AAAAUUCACAGGAAUGUCAUGUAAAACUCAGUAAUAUAAACCUACAGGUUAAAUACACUUCCUAAAUACACCUGCAGUGUCAUCCAUCAACGUAAAUCCUGUAAUUAGUCACUAGACAUUACAACCGUCAGUCAGACCUGACUUCUCUCAUUUCUCUAGACUCUCUGUUUACUCAUACUACCUGUGAUUCACUGAACAAACACAUCCCUGCUGCUAACUCCAUCAUAACAUGUGUAGAAUGGAGACAAAGAUGAUUUAUUUAGUUUAAUUGUGUGUUUGCCAUGCCCUGUAAUGUGUUUACCUUUCCAUCUCUUUCCCAGGAAACACCUCUUAGAUCCCAGUAAUGACUACAAGGUAAAGAGAGAGGACAUUGAGGCCCUGAUCCCCAAAGGAGCAUCUGAGCUGACCAAACAGCAGCUCCGCUACCUGCUGCAGACCCGUAUGACAGCAGACAAGACCAUGCGUCUCCUUCUGACCACCUUCAGCAGCCUGAGGGAGGAGCUGAUCCACAUGUCAGAGGAUCUGAGGCGUCUGGAGAGUGAGAAGGAGUCCCUGGAGAGAGACCUGAGCUUCAAGGCUGACCAGGCUGAGCAGUAUGACCGCCUCCUAGAGGCCAUACGAGAAGAAAACAGACAGCUACAGAUAUCUCUGAAGGAGACCAGCUCCAGCCAGCGGACCCUGGAGACUCAGCUCCUGAGUAGCCGCACUACAGACUCAAACAGGGACUUCCGCAUCAAAGAACUGGAGGGCAGCUACCGAGCCCUGGAGAAGGAAAAUGAGAUGCUCAAACAGAAGUUGGCUGGCCAGUGCAGCAGUAGCACCAUUCAGAUGAAUACAGAGGAGUUGUCACGUCAGUACUCAGAGCAGCUAGCUGCCCUGCGCCAGGAGAAGGACAAGGAACUGCAGAGCCUCAGGUCCCAGCUGACGCGGAUCACCACAGAGUACACCACGGAGAGGUCAGGUGACAAGAGCCUGCAUCUCCGCAUCACACAGCUGCUGACAACACUGGAGCAGCGGGAGGUCGUCAUCAAACGUCAGGAAGAGGACAUCUGGCGGUUGCAGCAGGAGAAGAAGAGAGACAGCUCCAAGAACGUCACCACGACCACUAUCACCAAAAGGUACAGGAACCAGUACCCCCUCCUGGGCCUGCUAACUGAUGACUACAAUUCCACAUCGCCUGUCAAGGAUACCAAGACCAUCGUAAUCGAGAGCCGGACGGGGGAGAUGAUCAAACAGGAAAUCAUUACAACCCCUUAAAGACACUGCUCCUCUCGGACAAAUUACAACCCCUUAAAGACACUGCUUCUCUCGGACAAAUUACAACCCCUUAAAGACACUGCUUCUCCCUGCUCUGCACAGGAAUGAACGACAAGAAG